GUCUCUUCAAUGAUAAUCAUGACCUGUAGUAACCGCAUCCGCCAGCCCUUAAUGUCACGAGUAUUCAGAGCUAAAAAACCCCGAAUUCAAAUCAGUAAAGAAGUCAACUCCUUCCUGUGUCGCCAUCUAUCGGUAAUCGUCAUUAUCGUUUUUCGUGCAGCCCGCGUCACGCGUUCUCCCGAUUCAAUUAAGAAAAUUAAGGAAAUUAUUAAUAAUUUCAAAUAGAAUACUAUGCCAGGACAUAGAAAACGUAAGAGGGAAUCAAGUGAGGAAAGAUUACAAAGAAAACUGAAGAAAUACGAGCAAAAAUUAGAAAAAGUGCGCACGAGGCGACGGCCGCCAUCACCGGCGCCCACGCUGCAGAGCGUUCACACAGAAAUUGACGCCGCCGGAAUAUCUCCGUCACCUCAUCAUAAUGAGGAAAAUAAUUUCAUCACGAAACCUAACGAUGAAAACACAGAGAAUGCCCUUGAUGAGGAAAUCAUCAAUAUACUGGGCGAUGCUCCAGAUGAACUAUCGUAUGGGCCUCCCAUUCAUAAAGAGCUGGCACUGAGAUGGAUAAAUGCCAUCAAGAAUGGCUUACCAAAAGAAAAGAAAAAAGAAAUCAUGAAAAAGUAUCUUCCUCCUGAGAAUUGCAAAACAAUAGAUGCCCCAAAGUUGAAUUUGGAAGCCCAAGCAGCUGUCCCUGAGGCAGCAGUCAAGAGGGACAAGGCCAUCGCUAGCAAGCAAAGCCAAAUAGACUCAUCACUGACUGGUUGGGGAUGUUCAUGUGGUAAAGAAAGAGCUGCAGGGUUGUGGAAUGAGCAUGAUAGACUUCAGCACAUCAAUUACUUAGAACUAAAUGCAGCUUUCCUGGCACUCAAAACCUUCACAACUCUGAAUACUCGUGACAUUAAGGGCUGGCGGAUGCGGUUACUACAGGUCAUGAUUAUCAUUGAAGAGACUAUGCAGUUCGUACAAUUGAAAUUGGAACUUCACUUGAAAACCUCAACCGCCAACGACUGUGGGAUGGACAUCCCCGUAACAUCCAACGGGACAAUCUCCGUGAAAUUGAGUUUCUUUCACAUCGGUGGUGGAGAGAUCAAACCUGACUUUGUAUACACUAAAGAGAAAGAAGAUGUAAACUCCAUCGAAAACCGAAUGGACUUCUGGAAAAAAUUACACAACGAAUAUUACUAG